CAGGAUGGGUUUUUAACAGUCUUUCUGUUCUGAUUUUAGGGCCCAUCCUCUGCUUCCAUUUCCAAGAGAGCUUCCCUCAGAGUACGCACCGUAAGGCCAGGGUUGGAUGCCAUGGAUCUGUGCGAGGAGGAGGAGCAUGACACUGACGAUGAAGUGUUUAACCACGACCUGACGGCGCCCGACAGUGGGUACAGCGAGGCUAGCGGGAACUGUCCGCCCACCUGGAGCGCUGCCCGGCCACGCCUCUUCCACCAAUCACACCCCUGCGGACCAGCGUACAGCCAGGCGGAGCAGUGUGACAGGGGCACUCAGACCUCCAGCUCCACCCCCCCACCUCUCCAGCCGCAGCCCGCCAGUCCCAUCUUACCCAGCGCAGUGGGAAGUGAGCCACAGAGACUGUUCUAUGGCACUGCAGGGAAUCGGCUCCAUUUUGCAGAGGUCUAUGAGGUGCCGCGGGCCAACACAGUAUCUCGCUGCAAUCAAACCGAUCACUUACCCAUGGAUUUGCUACCGGAGGAGAGAGUGGAGAUUCGGAUUGGGCAGAAACUACGACAGAUCGGGGAUCAGUUCCACAGCUCCCAUGUUGAAAGGCGGAACAGGAAUGAAAACCGCGCCGACCAUCCAUUCUGGUGGAGGCUCCUUGUCCUCCUCUGUGCUUUAAUCUUUGACCCGAACGAGAAUGCGGAGGCCGCAGGUCAAAGGUGAGGCUGAACCCGCCCAUUCCUCCCCCACCGAGCAAUCAGCUGUUGGAGCGUUACCGCGAGUGGCAGUAAGCAAGAGAACAAUUGGACCCGUUUGAAGAUGCUCACCGCUGGUCGGAUGGUGUUUUUUAUAUAUAUGAACAUUCGGUGGAAAUAAAGCAUGGCUUGCCACUAACAUCCAGUAGGCACUGUUCAUCAUCACGUGUUCUUCACCUGCCAACAGUGCCUCUUCCUUCAAGAGCUAGUCUCCUGACCAAGACACCUCUGAACUCUGAGAAGAGCAUGUUGUGCUCCGUCCUCUCCAUUCCUUCGAAGCCUCCGUUUUCCAUGGCAACAAAGAAAAACCACAAGACGAGUGCAUCGGUGAGGAGGAAUAUUGUCGAGAUGCGUCUUGACCAUCGGCCCACCGAAGUCGUACCAAAGAGUCUUUCGUACUUGAGCAAACAAAAUGUCACUGGAUCCCCAAUGGUGGUUUACGUCAAUCCCUUUGAGGCUUAACCUGUGUUUUGUUUCCAUUCCACACCAGGUCCUGGCCCUUCGCUCCUAGCCCAUCAUCACCAGCACCUUCCCUACCAUCAUAAAGCUGUAAGAUGUAACAAAGUGAACCUCCCCAAGAACCAUCCUCACUAAAAGGGGGAAGGGUGAGGUGUUUAAAUGUUUGUGCCCACUGAUGCACCGAGAUCACUGGCUGGCUCCUCUAACCCUGCUGAAAGCUUCGUUUGUCAAUGGUUCAUUUAGGAUUUAACUUUACAAGUCACUUCUGAGACUAAAGAGUUUUAAGGCAUUCAAACCUGAAAUGUCCUAAUUCUGGCAGGCCAGUAGUUCGGGAGUGAUCAGAACGGAGGCUCCUUCCCUGGGACCUUUCCUCUCCUCUUCCCUCUCAAAGUUAAUUAGCUUUUGGAUAGAGCUGAAACAUAUUGCCGAACAAUUAAUUUCUUUACCAAUUUUUGUUUUAAACGUGUUUGAUGGACGGGAGAGAAGAAAUGAUAGUCAGAGAUCGCAAAGGCUCCUUGAAGAUGUCUACCCAAAGUCACGUUUUACAGAUAACUUUCAGGGACCAUAUCCAAGUGCUCUUAUUAAAGGAACCCUGACAGUGUGAAGCUACACUCAAUGAUACACGCAAGCAUGAGACUCAAUGAGGGAAUGGUACUGGAGGGCAGGUAUGGAUAACAUGGGUGAUCAUGGACUCGUUUUCCUUGGUGGCAACUGGUACUGUUUAUUACACACAAUAUUCCAGCAAGCAUACAUGUGGCCUUAAUCCGCCACUGCCAUAACCUCCUCAACACACCCUCAACGUCCCCAUUGUUAAGAUGACACCUCAAGCUGAAUAUGACAGCAUCUAUAAGACAGUUUCCAAUAUUAUGGGAUGAGAGAUCUAGGGUGUAAACAGUUGGAAUAUAAAUUGCCUGGCAAACCCUCUUGUAGUUGGAACUCCAAUCCAGCAUAUUUCAACGUUUCCAAUUUGAUGUGGUCAUAUCAGCCCAAUAGUAUAUUCAUGGAGGUGGUGGCAGAUAUAUUGUGCCAAUUGUUCUGCUGUAUCUGAUUGUGUCCGGCCACUGAGAUUUCACCCGCCUUGCUGACUUCCUCUGCAUCGCACCACGGGAGGUGCACGAUUAGCACUAAGGAUCUGUAGGGUUUGUGUGGCGAUCCCCACCUCCGUAUGUGCCUCCAUGUUAACAGAGGUCGCCUGUGGACAUCGAGGCUUUGAUCAAGUGACAAGGUUGGGAUCUUUUAAUGAGCAUUAAAAUAGAAAAAAAGUUCUGGUGACAAUAUUUUGCUGAAGGAUGGCUCCAUGAUGUUCCCUAUUUCAAAUAUAUAUUUCCAAGUAAGAAUGUGUGAUGAUAUUCAGACAUUCGACAUAACACAGUAUUUCACUAGCAAUAGCACCCACACUUAAAACCAGUCAGCACACAACGGAUAACAUUCCCUGGUAGAUGGAAGUACAUUUUACGGCAGUACUUUCGCCAGUCUGCACUAGUACUUGUGUAAAGGUUCACAGACACACACACACACACGGAAAUUAGAACAAAUAUCCACAGUAUGUACAAAAGACUGUCCCAAGUGCAUCAAACAAGAUCUAAUUCAUAAAAGCUGGGUCAAGUAGCAAAGGUGGCUCACACAAUGGGAUAGGGUCUCAGAUCAGAGACAAUUGCUUAUUUUAGUUCAGGAACUUGAAGGAAAAGUGGCGCCGCGGUAGAGUUACAGCCUUACUGCGCCAGAGACCCGGGUUCGAUCCUAGUGCGGUUUCCUCCAACACUUCAAAAGACGGCCAGGUUUAUAGGUUAAUUGGCUUGUGUAUGUUUUAAAUUGUCCCUAGUGUGUAUCAUAGUGUAUGGGUUGGUCGCUGGUCGGUGCAGACCCACAUUGUAUCUCUAAAGUCUAAAAUAACAUCUAAUGAAAAAGACAAUUAAUAAUAACAUUGGGGCAGACAUUUAGGAUGACAAAUCUGGAAUUUUUCAAACAAACUCUUCACUAAAUAAGCCUCCACAAGGUUCCGUAUUUCUACACAGCCAGAUCCACACAAUAGCUUUUCCAACACAUUGCGAGUCUAGAACAACUUCAGAGAAAUGCACAACAUUUGCUGGUGUAAUGCAGUGGGCGAGCUGCAUUUUCAGAGAAAGCAGUUUGCAAAUGAUGCCUUAAACCUGGUCCAAACUCUAAAGAUAGACACAAAAAGCUGGAGUAACUCCGCGGGACAGGCAGCAUCUCUGGAGAGAAGGAAUGGGUGAUGUUUCGGGUUGAGACCCUUCUUCAGACCAUAGUUACUCUCUCAGAUGGAAGGAGGCAACUUUGCUGCUUUGGAGGAGUUACACUGUUGUAGUGGCCACAAUUUAUCCCUUUGUCGGUGUCACUGGAAAGCAGAUUAGCCAGCUCCUUUUGCACAUGUUUUCUGGGGUCUGCAAAAUGGCUUCAGUACUUUUUAAUCUCACACCAGAAAAUGGACUAAUAAACUAUUUUACUGUAUGUUAUUUGGUACUGGACCUCACCCUGUCCCCUUCCCCAGUAGUAAUACCAUUCCCUGUAAAUAUACAAAGUGAUCUCCAGUGCUUGGUCUGUAUUCCUAACUGAUAAGUCUUAGGAGAUGUACGGCUCAGAAACAGGCCCAGCGGCCCACCAAAUCCAUCUUGCCGUUACGUCCAUCUAUACUAAUCCCGUUUACAUGAAUUAGUCCCAUAGCCUCCUAUCAUCUUUGCAUUAUUGACCCACUGCUGAGAUAGGUGAUCAGUUCCAUGGACAGUCAAGUGAAAUGAAACCUGUAUUUAGGAUAACUUCUCUGUCCUCAGUUCAGGCGUGCCACUAGGAAUCCACUCUACACAAUCUCCCCCUCCUCCUUCUCUCUUUCUGUUCUAUUUACAGCAUCUCUAAUUGUCCUUCAGAUAGAUCAAAACAUUUCACUAGAGAAAUAAGAGGAGGAAGGAGCUAAUGAAAGGCUCCAGACAUUUUAAUUAGUGGGACGUGGGAUGGUGUGCAGGAAGUAGUAAUCUUUUUUCUGAUUCCUGUUGUUGAAGCCUGCCAGUUUCAAUUAACGCUUUAUUCCGAAUGUUUCGUCUCAGGCUAUGUUUCGGAUAAACAUACCCCAUCUCCAUCUGAUUGCAUUGUCCCAUCUAUCCCCCUUGCCGUUCCCUCUUGAGGCUCUCCACCGCUUUUGCUGUCUCUACACUUCUUGAUGUCUCGUUCUUUAAUUCUGUAUCUCUCUCUCUCUCUCUCUCUCUCUCUCUCUCACUCUCUCUCUCUCUCUCUCUCUCUCUCUCUCUCUCUCUCUCUC